AUGACUUUCCAUCCCGACACGCUCCCCGAUCUCAAGGGCAAAGUGUUCAUAGUCACAGGUGGUAACUCUGGCAUCGGCUACCACACCGUAGCUCACCUAGCCGCCCACGGCGCGCACGUCUACCUAUGCGCCCGCUCACCAGAGAAGGGCAAAGCCGCCAUCGCCAGCAUCAAGAAAACACACCCCUCAGCCCACAAAAUCAACCUGCUGCAGGUGGACCUCAAGGAUCUCGCCAGCGUCGUCGCAGCCGCCCAGCGGUUCCUCGCCCUCGAACCGGCCAUGCACGGCCUGGUCAACAACGCCGGCAUCAUGGCGACGCCCUUCGAGCUGACCAAGGACGGCCACGAGGCCCAGUGGCAGACGAACUACCUCGCGCACUGGGUCCUAACGGAACGUCUGCUGCCGCUGAUGCUGCGGACCGCGAAGACGCUGCCCGCUGGGAGUGUGCGAAUCGUCAACCUCACUUCCUCGGGGCACUUGGGCGCGCCCAAGGGCGGGAUCAACUUCGAAGACACUUCGCUUAAAGACGGCGGGAUAUGGCCGCGCUACGGACAGAGCAAGCUAGCAAAUGUCCUACACACCAAGACCCUUCACCGGAAGUAUGGCCCUGGCUCACCCAGCGCACGGAACGGGCAGGGCGAGAUCUGGGUCUCGUGCGUGCACCCGGGUAUCGUCGAGACGAACCUCGCUACGACGGUGAAGGAGUCCGCCGUGUUUACGACUGUGCAGGCGGCCAUUCGCAUGUUGCGGAUGGCAUCCUCGGCCGACAAGGGCUCGUGGACCAGCCUGUUCUGCGCGGCGGGCCCGGAGAUGAAGGUUGAAGACUGUGGCGGGUACCAUGAGAUCUUCCGGCGCUGGGGGGAGCUGAAGUGGUUGAGUGGCGACGCGAAGGAUGGGGCGCUUGCGGAGAGGUUGGAGGCGUGGACGGAGGAGGUGAUGCGGAAGGAAGGCUGGGUUGAAUGA